AUCACAAUAUUCACAUGGUAUCAGAGCUGAAGUUCUGAUCUCCUUAACCCUAAACCUAAUCAAACACAAUUUCUCUCCACUUUACUUCUUCUUUCUUUAUUGGUCGCCGCCUCCCUGCCAUUUUUUUUCCCCUUGCGCCUCUCUUCCAUCAUGUCUACGAACACCGGCGAAUCUGUUCUCACUUUGGAUGGCGGCAACACUAUCAUCACCUUGAAUCCAGCCUCUCAAUUUCCUAUCAAGCUUGACGGUGAUAACUUCCCGACCUGGCGUGCUCAGUUAUUCACUCUUCUCCGGGGCCUCGAUCUUCUUAAGUUUCUUGAUGGCACGCAUCCUCGUCCUUCUGCCGAUGCCGAUCCUGCCGCCAUAACCCAUUGGUUCCGUCAAGACCAACUCCUCCUCCAUGCUGUCAUUGCUUCGGUUACUCCGGCCGUCGCUCCUUAUGUCACUUCUGCCACUUCAUCUCAUGAUGCUUGGAUGAUUCUGGAACGCAUGUUUGCUGGUCAGUCACGUCAGCGCGUGAUCAAUCUCAAGGGGAAGCUUCUCCGUGAGACACAAGGUGCUCGUCCCGUCGCUGUGUACCUCCAGGCUAUGCGUAGCACCGCCGCCGAGCUCGCUCUUGUUAAUGCUCCGGUGUCCCACGAAGAUAUGGUUCUGCACAUUCUCUGUGGCCUGCGCGACGAAUUCAGUCACCUUGCUGCUGCCAUUCGCGCCCGCGAUACCACCAUCCAGAUCGAGGAUCUCCAUGAUCGGCUCGUGGAUUUUGAGGCCGACAUGGCCGCUGCCCGUGUUCAUCAGCCAGCACCCACCACGGCCUUCUCUACUGCCCGUGGUCGUCCCCAUACUCCGAACUUCAUCUCACGUUCUGCUGGGACGCCCCGCCGUGACUCCCCGUCGCCUUCCUUUUAUGGGUCCGACGCACGCCGCGACCACAGCCCUCGUUCUCCUCGGGGCUCCUAUUCUCCCCGGUCUGGUUUUUCCAACAGUCCACCGGCCUCGUCUCUUCUCGGUCGCCCCCAGCUACGCUGCCAAUUCUGUGAUAAGCUCGGUCACUCUGCCAAGGACUGCUACCGCAUCCGCGGUCGGCCCCAGGCCCAUCACACCGCCACUGCCGCUCCUUCUCAUUCUGGGUGGCUGAUCGAUUCGGCGGCCACCAACCAUAUGACACCUGAUCUCGGCAAUCUCUCUCUAUAUACGGAUUAUGCUGGCCCGGAUGAGGUGCUUAUCAGCGAUGGGUCAGGAUCUAGCCACGGGGGCGCAUCUUCUACGAGGCCAGAAUAAGGGCGACGUUUAUGAGCUGCCGCAGGAGUCCCACCCCAUUCGACUUGCAUUAACGGCGACGCGGGCAUCCCCCAGUCUCUGGCAUCAUCGGCUGGGGCAUCCUCACCUCAAACUUCUCUCUCGCGUUAUUCGUAAACAGUCUCUUCCUGUUACCUCUCUAUCAACUAUUUCGUCAUGUGAAUCGUGUUCGCUUCAUAAAAGCCACAAACUGCCUUUUUCUGUUUCCAGUCUAUCUAGUAAUCGGCCUUUUGAUUUAUUAUACAUGGAUGUUUGGGGCCCUUCACCAGUUAUUUCUCAUGAUAAUUUCUCAUACUAUCUUGUCAUUGUUGAUUAUUACACCCGCUAUACUUGGCUUUAUCCUCUCUCCCGUAAAUCUGAUGUUCAUACUGUUUUUACCACAUAUAAAGCCAUGAUUGAAAA